CAAAUUGUUAUACAACAUAACCUCAAAGUGUGAUGUGGAGCUAUCCGUAAGAGACUAUUGUUAUUGCAGUAAAAUGAUAAAAAAUAUCCAAAAAUUGAGCCUUUUUACACUAUCACUGUGACGCCUUAGUGAUAAAAUGGGGUUUCUGUUCAUUUUGAGCUAUAUUUCAUUGCUACUGCAGAUCACCUUUGCCACAAUUUCAAUUGCUGCCGGACUCUACUACCUAGCUGAAUUGGUAGAGGAAUACACAGUUGUGGCAAAGAAGGUGAUUUUGACUAUGAUUCUGUCCACGGCUGGUGUUUAUGUCCUCCUAGCCAUAUUCGACAGUCUCCCCUGGAUGAUGAUAACCUGCGGACUUCUGGCACAGGGCAUUCAUGCACUCAUCAUGAAAAAUUUCCCCUAUGUCCAGUUCCUCUCGUUCUCAUUCCUUGGAUCUGUGAUAUUGCUCCUCAUUAACAAUUACCUGGCCUUCACCUUCUUUGCCACUCACUACUACAUUCUAUCCGAAGUAAUUGCCUACUUCACCAUUUGCCUGUGGUUGGUUCCCUUUGCCCUAUUUGUCUCCCUCAGCGCCAAUGACAACGUCCUGCCCACUGUCAAUGAACGCAGUCACCUUCUCGGUGAAAAUGACGUAGUGACAAAUUACUUUUCAAGCAAGAAAAAAACCGGCCUUUUAACCUUCUUCAACUACGCUAAAGAGUCUAUUCUUCCACAGCGCAAUAAGAAAGCCUUCUAACCUCCUGCCAAUGCAGCCCCGAGAGCCCCAAAAAAUUAAUUUAUCAUUUUGUUUACCCUCCAUGAGAUUGAAUUGUAAAUAAAAUUGCGCGUGAUUGACA